UGGUACUGACCCAGGAUGUGGCAGCAUCUGCAGCCACCCAUACGCAAACAGAGAAUAGAUCCUCUUUCCCCUCUGAACCCUGCAACUCUGCUGCGGCCCCAUUACCAGGCGCCCCUCCAUCGCAGGCUGGACCUGGGUGCUUUGGCACCGAACCUCAUCAGUGGAGUGUGCUGGAGGCUGCCCUGGCUGGAGAGGAGCGAUACUUUCAGCAGCGACAUGCCCAGGGCACCCUUGAUCUGCAACGAGACUGUGAGCAGAGUGAGCUCCGUGCUCAACCGGGAUGCCAAGCAGUUCGGGAAGAAGCACAUGUUCGACGGGAGCGAGGAGACCUGCUGGAACUCGGACCAGGGCUCCUCCCAGUGGGUGAUGCUGGAAUUUCCACAGACUGUCAAGGUUUCCCAACUCCAGAUUCAGUUCCAGGGUGGAUUUGCGAGCCAGCUGUGUACACUGGAAGGUGGCAGAAAAGGUGAAGAACUUGUGAAGAUCUCAGACUUCUACCCUGAGGACAUCAAUGCCCUGCAGAGCUUCAGGACAGACGAAACAAUGCUGGAUAAACUGAAAAUCACCUUUGAGAACAGCACGGAUUUCUUCGGGAGAAUCGUCGUGUAUCGCCUCAGUGUCCUCGGGGAAAAGCUCUAAGCCGGGGCAGAACAGCAGCCCAUCACCCCGAGUGGGUUUGUUCCCUGGUGUUUGGUCAGCUGGCACUCUGCCUUCCCACCCUGUCCGAUAGGGCCCAGUGGCAUAUUUGCCUUGGCAGACAGCACCUCUUACGAGAGGGGGGAGAUGCCAGACUUGUUCUGCAAUUGAAAUGUAGCCACUUGGAAGUAAACCAGGAAACGCUCAGACAGAAAACAGCCGUGGGCAUUAACAGAACAAGGCUGGGAUCCUGGCCCUCUCCCCACCCAGCUGCGGCCUCACAGCGGGAUCUAAAGCCCCUGGAAGCACACCGUGGCGUUCAUGGGCUGUCUGCACAGUGCAUGACAAUCCACACGCUGUAUUCUAGUGGCUCGUCACGCGGUGAAGUUCAUGUUUAAUGGCUGAAUAAAUGCAUCCUGCCUCCCGGACCACGCUGGAUUUGGGGCAAGCGAGUGGUUCUGUAGAGAUUAAACGAAUCACAUACUGAAUUUGGAAGCUGCCUCCCCCCACCCCAGCUCGGGCCCACUCUGCCCAUCCAGUGGGGUCACAGAGGUGGCAGCUCCAGGCUUCGCUCAGAAAGUGGUGUUGAAGAGCUGGGAAGUGUCUGUUCCCCCAGGAACACCUGCUUCCUUAGGGCUCCUGAUCGCAGGGCUGCAGCCCAUGAAGCCUGGUGAGUUUCAAGCCCCAACACUCAGUUGUGAUGGAGAAUGGGGCUAGCCGCCCUCGUCUCUGCAGGGGGCGAGAUAAGACCAAAGGGGCCUGUGACCGAUUGUCCAAAGUAUCAUUAACACCUACAUAAAAACAAUCAGCCGACAGUCCACUCGCUCCAGACCUUUUACUUAUGGGAGAUGGCGUAUGGGGGAGACAAUCCCACUGCGCCCAACGAUCAAGGCUGUGUGCCCCAAAGCACCCUGCCAUACCCAGGCAGCAGUGGGGCAAUCCCUGGGGUAGCUCGGCCCAUCUGCA